AUGAGAUUAUCUUUCAUCACCGGAGCUCUGGCUCUCAUCUCCAGUGUCACUAGUUUGGCACUACAAGUCAGAGAAGAACCACCAGCUCCCAUAUCAGGAAGUGGCACUUUCGCAGCUGCUUUACUCGCGAAAAGAGCGAAUCCAUGGGCAGCACGCCACGGGCUCACCACCGCUCAAUACCAGACUGUCGCCAAUGAUUUCGCUUCCCAAGGAUACCGUAUCACCUGGAUUAGUGGCUACACGAUCAACAACGUGGCUACCUACGCCGUCAUUUUCGAAAAGAAACCCACUGCAGCAUGGGUAUCCAGGAUCCAAAUGACAGCCGCCCAAUACCAAAGCAACUUCAACACGUACAUCGCUCAGGGCUACCGUCCAAUCCUCGUAAACGGCUACAACGUAGGCGGAACAGACUACUACGUCGCCAUCUGGGACGCUUCCCCCGCCCCCGGCGCCUGGAUCGCCCGUCACGGCCUCACAGCCGCCGACUACCAAACCCAAUUCACAGCCAACACAGCAGCAGGCUACUACCCCUUCCACAUCUCCGGCUACUCCAUCGGACCAGACGCCACUUCCUCUCCACGCUACGCAGCCAUCUGGAUCAAAAUCCCCAACGCCCCCGCCUGGGUCGCGCGCCACGGCCUCACGUCCGCGGCGUACCAGACGGAGACGAAUACCUGGGUGGCCCAGAACUACCGCACGAAGAUUGUGUGUGGAUACCAGGUCGCGGGCGUGGUUUAUUAUGCGGCGGUUUGGGAUAAGAGUGCUGGUUCGGCGUGGGGUGCGAGACAUGGGAUGACGAGUGCUGGGUAUCAGGCGGAGGUUAAUACGUGGGUUGCGGCUGGUUAUGCUAUCACGCUUGUUAGUGGAUAUAGUCAGAGUCAGAGUGAUCGGUAUGCUGCUAUUUUUACGAAGGUUUAG